GACCCUCCGGCCCCGCUGGCCCAUCUCUCCAUCCCUCCAGUGUCCCGCAGGCCCAGCAUGCACCCCCGGAGCCUUCUCCUCCUCGUGGCCACCCUGGUCCUCCUAAGCCCCCAAGACCUCCUCGGGCUGGCCAGGAGCCUCCCAGUGACCCCCAAGGACGGCCCAGCAGUGACCGAGCGUCUCAGCCGGGCCCAGAACCUGCUGGAGGCAGUCAUGGCCUCUUUGCAGACGGCCAGACACACCCUGUCACUUUACCCCUGCUCUCCCGAGGAGACUGACCACGUGGACAUCACGAGGGAGAAGACCAGCACCGUCCAGACCUGCGUGCCCUGGGAGCUAGCCGCGGUAUGGAGCCCCACACGGCGCCAGUCAGACUUGAGGCGGCUCAGCGGGACAGGCUUCCGACAGACCCGCAACAGUAUCUGCCUGCCCUGGGAGAAGGACCCCCUUAGAAUGCGCGCCCUCUGCCUGGGGAACAUCUCCAAGGACCUGGAGCUGUACCAGCUGGAGUUCAGGACCUUGAAUGCGAAGCUGCUGAUGGACCCGCAGCAGCAGAUCUCAGUGGACCAGAACCUGCUGGGAGCGAUCGAGGGGCUGAUGCAGGCCCUGACCUUGACAGGGGAGUCGGAGCCUGAAGCCCCGGCCGUGGGAGAACCGGAUUUGUACCGAGCCAAGGUGCAGCUCUGCGUCCUGCUCCAGGCCUUCCACGUCCGCGCAGUGACCAUCCACAGGGUGAUGUCCCACCUGGCCGCCUAG